GUUUAUUUUUAUCUUUUUUAUCUUUCUCUCUUAUUAUGUCAAGAAUCCGUUUGAUUACAUUUGAUGCUUAUAAUACGUUAUUUAAACCAAAAGGAAGUCUUUCUGCUCAAUAUGUAGAAGAAGCUUCUAAGUUUGGUAUCCGAGUAACAAGGGAACAAAUAAAUCAACAUUUUGGACAAGCCUAUAAACAGCAACUCGCAAAAGCACCUUUCUAUGGCCUAAAUAAAGGCAUGACAGCACAUGGCUGGUGGAAACAACUGGUCUAUUCUACUUUUAUCAAUGCGGGUAUUCAAUCCAAAGUCUUGGAUCCAACAUUUGAUCAAUUAUAUCAUGCAUUAUAUACCAGAUUUACAACUGCCGAAGCUUAUUCCGUGUUCCCUGAUGUCAUUGACACUUUGGAACAAUUGAAAAGUCAUGGAUUUCAAAUGGGAGUGAUUAGUAACUCGGAUGAGCGUGUAGUGGAAGUGGUUCAGAACCUAAAUUUAACAAAAUAUUUUGAUUUUGUGCUUGCCAGUGCCCUUGUGGGUCAUGAAAAACCAAGCAAAAUGAUAUACGACAAAGCACUUAAAAUGGCAGGUGACAUUCAACCUAAACAUGCAUUGCAUGUAGGAGACGAUAUCGAAAAGGAUUACUUUGGUAAAGAAACAACUUGGUAUGUAGAUAGUAACUCUCUCUCUUUCAAAUCAUAGGUGCAACAAAAGCAGGAUGGAAUGCUGUCUUGUUAGAAAGAACCAAGUUGUCUUAUGAAGAUUUUUCGCCGGCCAUGCUUGCAGACAAUAAUUUGCCAGGACAUCGUCCUCUUCGAAUCCUUACCAUGCAUGAUCUUUUUCCUUACAUAGAAACUAUUCAUCAUGAGGAAGCAGUCAAUUGACAACAAGCAAUGUCACCUCAAAUGAACAGAAGUACGGAAUAAUGAUCCUUUAUGAUAGUUGCACAAAUAUGAAUAGAGUAAGAUUUGCAUUUUCUCUUUAUAGACUUGAAAUUACUCUUUCAAUUAUAUCAUAUUAAAAUGUACCUGUACGAACACUUUUAAGUGUUGAAAAGUUUGAAAAAUAGUCAAAUUCCCUCGCUAUUUUUUUUUUUUUUUUUU